AUGCAAAAACUUGAUGAAAAUAAAAAACUGUUUUUAGCUGGUCAAAGAUCAGAUAAACGAUAUGGAUUUAUUGAUGCAAAUAUUUCAAAUAAUCAAGUGGAUGAAACCACAAUGGAAAUCGAUCCUUCGACUAAUAGUAGUAAUAGCUAUCUGGAUAAAAAUGCCCUUUCACGAAAUCAAUCUACAAGUGGUACUGAAACAGCAACUGGUUGUAGUCAAAGCUCAGAAAAUAUUUCUGAGUACCAAGUUUCAUCCAAAAAGCAAAAGGUGCCUCCUAAAAUUGACGUUAUGAACGCUGAACUUGCAUCUGCUCUCGAUCGAGCAAAUAUCAGUAACGGGGACUCUACUUAUGUUUUGACUGCAGCUUAUAAAAGCAUCGGAAUAAAUAUUGAAACACUUAAUCUAAGCUGUAGCACAAUUCGUCGAGCUCGUAUUAUGUACAGACAAUCUAUUACAGAACUCUUAAAGGAUGAAUUUAAAAUUGAAGACCGCUACAUUGUCCAUUGGGAUGAAAAAAUUUUAACUGAUAUUGUCGAUCCAAAGUCUGUUGAUAGAAUCGCAAUAUUAUUAUCUUUCGCAUAA